UACAACCAUAGAUGACCAGGACUUCCUACCUGUCUUAUUCUCUGUGCUUCCAUGCUCAUGGCUACGUUUCUAAGGGAGCACUCAGUUAGGUGUGCCAUUUUGCUACAGACAAGGGCAUCGCACCGCUGCUGGGCACCGACGAGGGCAUCGCACCGCCACCUCAGGGUCCCGCCAAGGGCGAUGCCACACUCCAGAGUCCCGCUGAGGACGCCGGUCCGCCUCAGACCUUUCCUGGUCUUAAAGGUGUUCCACCCAAUGGCAGUUCGCAAUGUCCGCUGCUGGCACCCAACCUUUCUCAUGCACCAGGUUUCGUGUGCCAUGUCCAAGACUUCCCUUCUCCAGAACCCCUCCACCCACCAUGGAUGGGUUGCGAGGGCUUCCUCGGAGUGCACUGGCCCACCUGGCGAAGGUGGGAUUGGGGCGUCAGGAGCCACCCCUGGAGGAGGGGGUAAUGUCAGGGAACCACCGGUCAUGCCUCCCUCUAAUGCACACACUUUAGUUCAACCUCUUUUCCUACUAAUCACAUACACCUGUCCCUGUUUUUACCUGUCCCCUUAAUAAGGUCCCUAUUUCCCCUUACUCACCGCCCGAUCUACCAGUUAUGACCAUAAAUGACCCAAACUUCCUACCUCUAUUGUUCCAAGCUCCUGGCUACGAUUCUAAGGUCACUCAGUCAAGUGUGCCAUUUUGCUACAGUAUCUUCUCAAGCUCUUGAUGUGUUUGCAUGUGUAUGACAUUCAUUUUCACAAAAACAAACAACAAAAAAAAAGAUUUUAUAUUUCUUGUGACGACUAAAGCUGAAUCAGUUAAGAAAAUACAUGUGAUGCAUUACAUGCAUUGAUGCACAUUUGAGUUUAUUAAAAAUAUUUCUGUACACUAGGCUACCUCAUCCCUUCUUUCCCUCUGACAUCAAAGGAUCAUGCCUGAAGGAAACACUACUAAUGUGAAGACAUUUUUCAUUCAAUGUUUUCCUGGACUUUCUCCUGAUUACUAUGGACUUGUCUCAGCAGUUAUGUUUUGUGUUUUUAUGUGCACAUUAAUGGGAAAUGGAAUAUUUUUUGCAUUAUAUUUAAAAGAAAAAAGUCUGCAGAAACCUAUGUAUUUUAUCAUGCUAAAUCUUGCUGCAUCAGAUGUACUGUUUAGUACCACAACUUUACCCAAGAUGAUUGCUAGAUACUGGUUUGGAGAUGGCUUUCUUUCAUUUGCAGGCUGCUUUAUUCAGAUGCAUUUUGUGCACUAUUUUGGUUCAGUUAAUUCAUUUAUUUUAGCCAUCAUGGCUUUUGAUAGAUAUGUGGCAAUCUGUAAUCCCCUUAGAUAUGCUAAUAUUAUCAAAGAAUCCACUAUUUUGGGUUUAUGUUUAGCUUGCUGGCUGCUAGCUGAACCCACAGUCUUUGUUACAAUCUUCAGGGCAACCACUCUUACUUAUUGCGCUUCUAACAAAAUCACACAAUGUUAUUGUGACCAUACAUUUGUCACAAAGCUUUCAUGCACUGACAGAACACCUAAUGUAUUUUCAGCUGUAGUUUCAGCUAUGGUUUUGUUGCUCACACCACUAACAUUUAUUUUAUUCUCUUACAGUGCUAUUAUUGUGACAGUGUUUCGAACUUCAUCUGCACGUGGACGCUUAAAAACUCUUUCCACAUGUAGCUCUCAGCUUUUAAUUAUCACCCUCUAUUUUUUACCAAGAUGUUUAAAUUAUUUAGCGAGCUCUGUAGGUAUUACUUACAACAUUGAUGUACAAAUACUUGUGAUUUUGUUGUACAGCCUGUUGCCCCUAUGAUCAACCCACUCAUCUACUGUUUAAGGACAAAAGACGCUAGGCAAUGCUUA